GUCGAACACAGACAAGCCGAUGGUUUGAGGAAACGGGAAGUGAUCUUGCAUAUUAAAAAACAAAGGAAGAAAACUGCAGCUAAUUUGAAGAACAUGGCCGGGAUUAAAGCUUUAGUGGGGCUGUCCUUCAGUGGUGCGAUUGGCCUAACGUUCCUCAUGCUGGGAUGUGCCUUGGAAGAGUAUGGAGUGUACUGGCCUCUGUUUGUCUUGAUGUUUUAUGCUGUGUCACCUAUUCCUCACUUCAUUGCUAAAAGAGUGAGUGACGACACGGAUGCAGCCAGCAAUGCGUGUCGAGAGCUGGCAUAUUUCUUCACUACGGGGAUUGUGGUCUCAGCAUUCGGUCUCCCAAUUAUCCUUGCUCGGGUUGAACUGAUCAAGUGGGGUGCUUGCGGACUGGUAAUGGCAGGCAACACAGUGAUUUUCCUCACAAUCCUGGGCUUCUUUUUAGUGUUUGGCGGCAGUGAUGACUUCAGCUGGGAGCAGUGGUAGCUGUCCUGUUUAGACUUAUUGUCUAAACUUAUUGAUAUGCUUAUUCACAACAAACACAUUUUGCUUAACUGCUAUUUUAGGUAUUGUAUAGGAAGGAGGAACUGAAAACUAAACACUAAGACAUUAACUGCAAUCUCACUAUCACUAUUAAUUUGGCAUUAUUUUAUAAAUGCUGUGAGAGCCUUAGUAUCAGGUAUUCAUAUUUUUGUAUGCCUGCAACUCACUCAGGCAUGCUGAGAAUACCUUUUAUUACAGGAACCCAGUGUUCCCAUUUCUAUUUCUAUUAUUAUUUCCAGGUUUACCAUCCAUUUUCAAUAAUGUUUGACAAAGAUUCUGUGGUAUACUAAUCAGACUGUUUACAGGCUCUUAAUUCUGUAUGCCUCACACAUUUUUCCCAUAAAAAUGUACAUUUUAUAACAAUUGUAUUUUUUGCUACAUCACUUGUAACAGACAAGUGAAGAAAUGGUCAUGCACAUGUGAUUUUGAAUGAUAUAAAUUCAAAUUCAGUGAACUUCUAAACAGUAAUGUAUUCUGUAUUUGAAGGAGACAUCAUAUCAUAUAGUGGUUGGGUAAAAUCCAGUUGAUUGUAAUGGAAGAAAAUGCACUAUGUACAGUACAUUAACACUUGUAAAAUUUUUAGGAAGCGUAUAGUUUUAUAUUGUAAAACUGAUUAUGACACUAUAUUAAAGGUGAAAUGCUUAAUAUUGGUUGUGACAGGGGCUAAAAAAGGUAGCGAUUCAUACUAUAAAUAUUUACGAGCCUGUAAAUCUAGGAUGUUCACAAGGUACUUUACAAGGGGUUUCAUUUUGAAAGUGACAGAAGGCAGGUUUUUGAAGAAAACACUACAAGUCUACAACCAAUUUUAGAUGUGUAUCAUAAAAGGCUGACAACAUUUUGUCUUACAUUUGUUCAUUUUGACCAUGUAUGUGACUUCUCAAAGGUUAUUGGAGUUAAAUUCAGCGUGUGUGUAUACAUAUCUUUUACAUACAAGAUGUUAUAUACCAUUAUACUUUAAUUUGAGCAUCAUGCCAGCAUUGAUAAAUACACUGUUUUUAUUACAUUAAUGGCCUCAAUGCUGUUGUGUUCCAAAGCCUGUAUUUUUUUAACAGUAACCAUAUUAGUAUAUUAAUUCCAAAUUACUGAUAGAAUUGUCCUACAGUACCCAUGUUUUGAGUAUUUUUGUAUUUCCAACUGUGGUGGACAAUGCCAAAGAUAAUGUUUUAAUGUUUGUUGGUUUAACACUAGAAUACUACAUUCCUUUACCAAAGGUAGUACUCAGUUAUGUAUUUAGAGGCUCUAGUGUUAUGUAUGUGUGGUAUAAUACACGCUUAGAAAACAUAAAGCAGCAAGCCAAUGUUUUUUUUUCUGUUUUGUAUUGUGAAGCUCAAAUGUAUUCUUGGCUGUUAUGAAGUGCCUUUUCCAUUAAUGGUGAUUUUUUGUUCCUGUGUGUUGCACUAGGUAAUUUGUAUUACAAUGCUGAAUAGUAAACACAAAAACCUCUUCAAGUGCUCUUAUCUGAAUUAUAAUAAGAUGUAAUUAAAAACACCAGCUAAUCUUAUAUUCUUGUUGGUUUCAUGGGAUGGUAGGGGAAGUUUUGUAUUUGAAGAAAGUACUUUUAUUACUUUUUGAACUGUUUUGUGCCUAACAGUAUAUAAAAGUUUCUGUACAUGACAAUAUAGACACCAUUGAUAAAACCUAAUGCUAACUGGCAAAAAUAAUUUUGGCCUUCAAGCUUUGUAUAACCUAUUUUUACUAUCGGUCAUUAAAGCACCUACAAAUCUGUGUGAAGUUA